GAGUUUUCGACUUUUAGAGUUUGCGACUUUUCGACUUUUUUCUGCGGACAGCUUUUUGCUGCGGAACUUCUGCACUUAAGCACUCGGAAAGAAACAAUGGAAAAUCUAAUAAGAUACUAUUUCAACGCAGGAUACACCGCGACUGAGAUUGCGAAAACUAUAUCCCUUGCUCAUGGCACCAAUGUAAGUGAAUCCUACUUGAGGAAACGUCUUGUCAAAUUGAACUUAAGAAGAAAAUCAAUUGAAGAGGAUAUACCUGAAGUGAUUCAUGCAAUGAGAGAAGAACUUGAAGGAACUGGCAGAUGUCUUGGUUAUCGUGGUAUGUGGUCCCGACUGAAGAAAAAGUAUGGUCUUUCUGUAAAAAGGGAUACUGUGAUGCAACUCCUACAGUUGAUGGACCCAGCAGGUGUUGAACAAAGAUCCAGAAGGGGAUUAAGACGCAGGGAUUAUACAAAUAAUGGUCCUCUUUAUCUUGUACAUAUUGAUGGAUAUGAUAAAUUAAAACACUUUGGUUUUGCAAUACAUGGGGCCAUUGAUGGGUUUUCAAGAAAAGUAUUAUGGCUUAGGGUGAGCCACACCAACAAUGAUCCUGAAGUAAUUGGGACAUAUUUUUUGAAUUUCAUAAAAGAAAUUGGAGGUGUACCAAGAGUCAUCAGAGGUGAUAGAGGGACAGAAAAUACUAUGGUUGAAGAUUUGCAAAAAGCUUGCCGAUGGAACUCCACGGACAACAUGAGUGGAGAAAAGAGUUUUUUAUAUGGACGGUCUACCUCAAACCAGCGUAUUGAAAGAUGGUGGCUGGAAUUAAGACAGUCAACAAUUCAAUUUUGGAUGGAUUUCUUCAGGAACAUGGAGGACCAAGCCCUUUUUUCAAGUGACAAUGUUUUGCAAAAGGAAAUAAUAAGGUUUUGUUUCAUGGAGUUAAUCCAAAAAAAUUUAGACCGUGCAGCAAUGGAGUGGAAUACACAUAGAAUUAGGCCUUCAAGAAGAAGUGACUGUCCAUCUGGAAUUCCAAAUGUGAUGUUUUUCACUCCAUCUCUCUAUGGUUGCCGUGAUUACAAAACCCCAGUAUCAACAGAAGAUAUAGACAGGCUUGAAGACCUUUAUGCUGUUCCACUUAAGAUAUGUAGUUCACCAGAGCUCCAAAGGGCCUUCCAAAACUCUUUUGCCAACUGGGCACCCCCUGUAUCAAGUAAUGCUGCUUUAGAGUUAUAUGUUCAUCUUGUUAACUUAUUUAAUGGCCAUUAGUGUAAAUUCAAAGAGGCAUCUGUAAAGUUUGGGUUUGCAAUCAUACCUCUUUAUUUAUUUUUUUAAUGAUAAAAGGGGUGUUGUGAAGUCUAUGUAUAAACUCUAUUAAAAAAAAAUCCAUACAGUUACAAAUAAAGACAUUUAUAUACUAAUAA